GAAGCCCUAAACCCAAAACGCCAGGAUGAAUGGCUUCUAGGGGCCGGGGCCGGGGCCGUGGCCGCGGACGCGCCGCCCCGAUCGUCAAGAAGGAGCUGGACGAUGGCGCCAGUGGAUUGGAUGCGCCAGUGCCAGCUCCAGCGGCGCCAUCGCCGGCGACGAAGAAAUUUGAGCCCAAGGUUGCUCCCCGGAGACCGAAGAAAACCGAAGUUAAAAGCGAGACUGGAGAGGUGAAUGACGCUGAUGCACAGAAAUUAAUCCAGGACGCUUUUGCUUCUAAAGGACGAGGAUUUCGAUCGAACGAGAACAGAGUUGCCACUACCCGAGUCGCGUUUGGAUCUGGCUCCGGGGCCGCUGUUGCCAAAGUUCCUGCUGGAUUUGCGAAACGAAGCAGCAGUGGAGGUGGAUCUGGCAGUGGAGGUGGGGGUGGGGGUGGCGGCGGCGGUGGUGGCGGUGGCGGAGGAUGGCGAGGUCCGCCGGCUAUCAAAACGCAAACAGGAGAAGAGAACGUUGCCAAGCCCCGGAUUGGAAUAUUUGAAACUGUGGACGACUCGAACAAGCCGAUAUCUCUUCCUCUGCGCCGGCCUCCCGGCGUUGGAACAGAGUUCUCGGACGACGAAGACGACGACGACAGAGUUUUUGAGGAGGAUCUGGUUCCGCCAGCAAAGGAGCUUGGUCUGGAGACAGAAAAUGUCGAGGACAGGCUCCUGUUCCUCCAGUUGCCUUCCUUGCUACCAUCCACUAGUGCCACCACGAGUCUCGACAAGUUACCGCAAGGCAUGAUGGGCAAGCUCCGCAUCUACAAAAGCGGAGCAGUCAAGCUUCACCUUGGUGAUUCCGUGAUGAACGUCUACCCGGGAACUCGCUGUGUCUUCUCGCAAGAACUGGUCGCGAUCGACUCGAACAACAAGAAGUGCGCGUUCCUGGGCGAUGUAGGACAGAGGCUCGUAGUCACGCCAGACAUUGACGGGAUUCUAAAUGGAUCCAGCUGAGGGCUCUCAUCCUUCUCUAUAGCUUUUUUUUCGUAUUGAGCCUGAGAGAAAGGAAUUUGACGAAUCUUUCCUUGUAUAUAAAUCUUUUGAUCUUAGUUUAGUUCAGUCACUUGAUUAAUUACUAAUGUUGAUUAUAAGAUCCUGUUAUAUGAAAUGCAAUUGCCGUUUUGUUUUAA